AUGCCGAACGGAGGCCCGGCCACGGCGGACACCUCCGAUACGGGCCACCCUCCAGCAAACGGUUCCGCUCAUCCCAACUCGGAUUGCAAUGGCGAAACUCAGGAGAGUAAAGAGGCGCCCCGCCGCGACAGCAAGCAUCUCCGCCCCGCGCGAACCAGCGAGCUUCGCGACAAGCUCAAGGAGAAGAAGGUGAAGCUCCGCGACAGAAAGGAGCAGCUCAAGAGGAUGUCCAAACCGCCCGGCGGCUUCGACUCUACUCCACUACCGGACGCUCCCCAGGGAUAUACCGUCAAGUUCACCUUCCACCGCGCCUACAACCUGCCGGUUGCCGACCUCCACCUCAGGUCGUCGGACCCCUUCAUCCACGCCACCCUGACGGCAUCCGUCCCCAAGCGCCACAAGGAAGACCCGUCCCUCACCCGCCGCACCCGGACGAUACGGCGCACCACCGAGCCGGUCUGGGACGAGGACUGGGUCGUGGCCAACGUGCCCGCGUCGGGCUUCUCGCUCAAGUGCCGCCUCUACGACGAGGACUGGCCGGACCACGACGACCGCCUCGGAAACGUCACCAUCCGGAUCCCCCACGUCGAUGAGAACUGGGACGGUCUCGGCCCGGACGGCUGCGUGUACCAGGUCAAGAAGCGCUCCGGCAGCAAGCGCGCCUACCUCUUCCACGCCGCAACCGCAGCCGUGUGUUGGGAUCACAGUAUGACCCCGCGGUUACACAUUAGCAUUCGGGUACUGGGCAAGUCGGACCCGCCACAUGCCCAGAUGUACACCGUGGGGCCGACCACCUGGGUGAAGCACUACAGUCCCAUGAUUGGGCGGUUGGCGGGCGUCAGGGUGAAUCGGGACGAGGAAGAGGACGCGGCGUCGCAUGAUGGUGAGGUUGAGAGUGACCAACGGCGGACGAAGAAAUACGACUUCCAAGCCAACGAGAUUCAGCUCUCGGGCCCCGUCCCGCCGGAGCUCUACCACCGCUACGUCGAGUUCCGCCCCAUCAUCGGCCGCAUGUUCUCGUCGAGCGGCCUGCGCGGGCGCAUCCUGAACAAGGUGCUCCACAAGCAGCACAGCCGCAUCUACAACUUCGACUCGGGCACCGAGUACGGCUCGUUCCCGCCCUGCAGUGAAGAGGCGUCCCUCCAGUUCCUGCGGAUGGCCCACUUUGACGAGGGCGGCCGCAUCUUUACGUACGUUCUGACUCUUGACGGCAUGAUGCGCUUCACCGAGACGGGCAAAGAGUUCGGCAUCGACAUGCUGAGCAAGCAUACCAUGCACUCGGACGUGGCGACCUACAUUGCGUGUUCUGGGGAGUUUUUUAUCCGCCGGCUCGCCCACCCGGUCGACGGCCACGACGCCCCUACCUCCCCCGACCCAUCCCCCAACUCCCCCAACCCAACACCUAGCACUGACUCCCCCAACCCAUCAUCCCCCGACCCAACAUCCCCCAACCCAUCAUCCCCCGACCCAACAUCCCCCACCACCACCCCGCCAACCCACCCCCCGCACUCCCCCCCAGGCGGCCCGCCCUCCUCCCCGCCCCCACCCCAACCCCACCUCUACCGCCUCACAAUCGACAACGACUCCGGCACCUACCGCCCAGACCAAUCCGUGCUCCCCCACCUGCAAGCCUUCCUCGCCCGCAACCUUCCCGGAAUCGACGUCGUCACCAUGCACUGCGCCGACGAGCGGCUGGCUGAGAUGAAGAAGGGGCAGGUGGAGGUGAAGAAACGGGAGGGGGGUGGGGUGAGGAUGGUUAUGAGGCGGAGUUUGAGUAGUAGUAGUAGUAGUGGGAGUGGGGGGAGUUUUAGUAGUGAUGAGAGUCGGUUGGGGAGGAUGGAUUUGGAGUGGGGGGAUGAUGAUCGAGAGGGGGGGGGUGGUGUUGAAGGGGGUGGUGGUGGUGGUGGGGGGGAGAGGGUGUGGAGGAGUCGGAGGGAGAGGGCGUUUGAGGUGCUGGGGGAGCCGCGGAAGUGGAGGGUGCUUUUGGAUAAAAGGGGUGGAGGGAAGAAAUGA